CAUUGUGCGGAGUGAUCUGAUAGGGACUACACCCAGGCGCUGCCUUCUUGUAUUCAUUGACUUUCUUUAUUGCCAGAGACUAGACGUUUGUGAACGUCGAAUUGUGGGUAUAAUUGGUGUCAAAUAAUUGACUGGUUUGCAAUUUAACUAUCUGUUCCUGGAUAAUCAUAGACCGUAUAUUUCACAGCUUAUAGGGAGGUUAGUUGUUGAUCAAGUACUCAAAUAUGUCUUGGCAAAGCUACGUGGAUAACCUGAUGGCCGAUGGCAGCUGUCAGGAUUGCGCCAUUGUUGGUUAUACGGACGCCAAAUACGUUUGGGCAGCACAAGCCGGUGGUUCGUUUCUCAAUAUAACGCCACAAGAAAUUGAUGUAAUUGUGGGGAAAGACAGGCAGAGCUUCUUCACCAACGGUAUGUCCUUGGGGGGGUCAAAGUGCUCGGUCAUCAGAGACAGCAUGCAUAUUGACAAUGACUGGACGAUGGACAUCAGGACAAAGAGCACAGGAGGGCCAACAUACAACAUUUCUGUAGGAAAGGCUGGAAAAGCAUUGGUUAUAGUCAUGGGAAAGGAAGGGGUCCAUGGCGGACUUCUCAACAAGAAAGCUUUUACCAUGACUGAUUACCUGAGGAAGUCCGGAUAUUAAAGCAGCCCCCACCCUCCAUUCACUCUCAUUCACCCCAUUGUAUUGACACUAUGUCCAGGACUAGUUAGCAAACCAGUAUACUGUGCUGUUACUCCCAAAGUCAAAUUUGUAUGUACUUUUGUUUUGCGCUGCUUUGAUCCCCUUGUCUACACUUGCAUAAAAUAUCAUUUUACUCAACUCUCACUUUCUGACACUACAGUAGGAGCAUGUUCAUCUAAAGUGGUUGAAAUAUGUAUUUACCAACAACAACAAAAAGUGUGCAAACAAUAAAUGAAUAAUAAAUAACAGAAGUGAAUGAUGCAUUUGGACUUGCCUUGUAUAAACCAAUACCCAACUGGCAGAUGGUAGAAAUGGGAAGCACACCAAGACAAAUCAUUAAAUGAUAGAGAUGGUCUUGAGUAACGAUGCCUUUUGAGCAUUACAACGAGACCCCAGGGUCAUGUAGUCUUCCUUUUUCUCUUCAGCAUGCCAGGAUUUGAAAGUUGCAUGCAUAUGCUUUAGUUUACAGAAUUGAACUCUUGUUUCUGUGCCGCCCUCACAUGUUGAUGUUCCAGCCAAAGUGUUUCCAUUCUGCCAUCAAGUCUGUGUCCAUUUCUCAUGGGGCAUAAGCAUAAUUAAAUAGAGCUUUCCUCUGAACUAGUCAUUUGUCCCACCACAGACAUUGUGACCCUCAAGCACACCAAAAAACAAUGUUCAUUAAUGCUUUUGCUGUUGUACUUGAAUGUGGUCUUAAGUCGUUGUGGUGUUGGGAUAUUGUUUUGAGUGUAAUGACAGAUCAGCGUUGUUGAGGUUUUCAGAUAGAUAUUCUUCCCAUGGUCCUUCACUAUCCUGGAGUUUACAUGGACAUUCCAUCUUUGACAGCUCAGGCAUUUAUCUACCGUCUGCCACCUGCUACUUAACUUAUGCUGCUGAGAUUUGGCAGUAAGGCCGUAUAGCCUCCCUACAUAACCAUCUUGUCAUGUCGGAAGUCUUUUUCAUUGGACCAAGUGUUAUGUAAGUUUUAGGGAUUCUCAGAAAUGCUACAAACCCUUGUGAUGGAUAAAUGUUGACAUUUGUUGACUGUAAAUUAUUAGACCAUUAUGCAGUUGACAUUGCAGUUGUAAAACACUUUCUGCUAUGUCUGAUCACUAAAUAAGUAAUUGGAUUACUUCAAAUUCGUCUAUUACAGACGGCAUCCUAAACUCUAAAUUGUAUUCUCGAAAUGAAUGCAUUUGACUGGAAAAAUAUACCCAAGCAAUGCUCUUGGAAUUAACUGCCUUGUGCGCUACAUUAUAUAUAUAUAUAUAUAUAUAUAUAUAUAUAUUAAAAAAAGUAUCCAACUGUCAUCAACGGUAUAUUAAAGAGAAAGUUAAAACUGUACACUGCAUUUAUGAAAAAUGGUGUUGGUUGGAAUAAGAACAUUUGUAAGUUGUCUUGUGUAAACCUUAUGAGAAAACUGUAUCCUGUGCCAUAAAAGAUCUGAUCUAUUCCUGAUUUGUAACUGCUGCCCCACGAAAUACUAACUUAAUGGCACUUUCCCAAAGGAUAUUUUGGCACCAACCUGCUCCAGGUUUUGUGGGUUAUGUACAUAUUAAAAAGAACUUCUCGCAAUUUGUGAUCUCAUUUAUUUGCAUUUGAAUUUAAUAUGAAACAUAUACAAUGCAUUUGAUUAAAGUAGGGGAAAUGCCAUGAAUUGAUAUAUACACCCCUUGUUUACAGGCAGAUCAAAUAAAAGUUAUUCCAACCUUUAAA